CGAACAUAAACCGCUGGUGCCCCAGAUAAUGAUUUUUCCUUUAAACAUUCCUCAGUGUCGUAAAUUCCAAUUACUGAUUUCUUUAAAUUGUUUUAUGUUGAUUAUGUCUAUGCGAAGUCAAAGAAUUCUUGCCCCUGCAUCUACAGCUCCUCCUCCCGUCGCUCUUAAACCCAUAGCGAAGAGAACGAAGACUUCGAGAGCAUGCUCUGCAUGUCGAGAAAGAAAGAUCAAAUGUACUGGUGGAGUACCAUGUCAAAUGUGCCGCCAGAAUCAUACCACAUGCCUUAUCGACCCUGACACAGAUAACCGCCGCAGAAAUCUACUCUUGCAAAGAAUAAGCACCCUGGAGAAUACAAUUGCCAAUAUUUUGGAGACUGUCCGAGACGAGGAGAAGUCCAAACGGUUUAUUAGUGUUGUGAGGAGCAAUGCAUCAUUCGAGCAGAUUCAGCAGGUUUUGGUGCGAAACCUAAGCAAAGACACAUCCCUAGGAAUCAACAUGAGACCUGACUGUACUUCCUUAAAGUCGCAAGAGACACGACGGUCGGGUCCUAGUGAUAUACGUGGAUUAAUGGCCAUCGACUCUCUGAUUUAGGGUUAUUGAAUCUUUCAAGGAUGCUUGUGGCAGAGCGCGCAGUAUUAUCUGUCGCAGGAAGAACUAAAUUCAGGUAGCGUGGGUGUUCGCAUACUGUACCAUAGUCUACCAUGAAUUUCAAAUCUGAGAUUGUGAAUUGGGAUCUGACAGCCUGCGCUCCAAUGCAUUACUGCUUUAAUACUAGAGGUUCGCGUUCACCCAGGCAGCGCCCUUCUGGCCUUUUGCUUUGCCGAUAUAGUAAGUUUUGUUCUAGUCCUAUACUUCGCUGCA